CCCAUCUCUUUCACUGUUACUCUCUUUUUCUCCCCUUUAAUAAUAGUAAACACUUUCUCCACCUGCAUCUCUUUGUCUUUGUUAUUACAUAUAUAUACAGUAUAGGAAGGAAGAGAAAAGAGAGAUUGUGUGUAGAGAGGAAUGGCUGAAGGAUUUGAAGCAUAUCAUGUCCCACAGCAAAGCAGAAGAGAUAAGCUGAGAGUGGGAUGCGUAGACACCUUAAUCCCUCUCUACGAUCCAUCUCUAAUCUUCAACAACCACACCUUCAACAACCAUCACAUCUACGCCAACGCCGAUCCCGCUAUUCAAGACAUCAGCCUCGUUUUCGACCAUCCCCUCUCCCUCUCCCUCUCCUCGCACCUCCCUCUCGAAUUGAAUCCUCCGGCGCCGGUGUCGGUGCCGCUGGGGCCCUUCACCGGCUACGCCUCCGUGCUCAAGGGCUCGCGCUUCUUGAAGCCGGCGCAGCAGCUGCUCGAGGAGCUUUGCGAUGUCGGGAGAGGCUUGUAUGCCGACAAGCUUGGCCUAAUUGAUUCCGACCACCCUCCGCCAUUCGACUCCUUCACUGACUCACUCAACGCCGCCGACCACAAUAGGAACAAAUCCACCCUACUCUCCAUGCUUGAUGAGGUUUACAAGAGGUACAAGCAAUAUUACCAGCAGAUGCAGGCUGCUGUAGCCGCGUUCGAAUCUGUUGCUGGACUGAGCGGCGCAGCCCCUUUUGCGAAUCUGGCGUUGAAGGCCAUGUCCAAACAUUUCACAACUUUGAAGAAUGCUAUCACUGAUCAGCUGCACUUCACAUCCAAGUCUCACGGCAAGAUCAACGUGGACAGAGAUGAAACGCAGCAUGUCGAGAAUUCAAGCCGUGGUGGGUCGUAUGGCCAGAAACCGUUUCAUGCUGGAUUUGUCGAUCAACCCAUCUGGCGCCCUCAACGAGGCCUCCCUGAGCGCGCUGUCACUGUCCUCCGUGCUUGGCUGUUCGAACACUUUCUCCAUCCCUAUCCGACUGACACGGACAAGCUAAUGCUGGCGAAACAGACGGGCCUCUCGAGGAACCAGGUUUCGAACUGGUUUAUAAACGCAAGAGUGCGGCUGUGGAAGCCGAUGGUGGAGGAGAUACACAUGUUGGAGACACGGCAGAGCCAAAAGGGCUCACAGAGAGAAGAGGUAAGCGAGCAUCUCCCCACGAGCUGCUCUAUCGAGGGAGAAAACGCAUCUACCUCGAUCCAGAGAAGUGGAGAUUUCCCUUUGAAACGCAGCCGGGAGGACCCAACCGAGGCUCCAGGUGGGCAGCAGAUGAAAAUGGCGUACGAUAAUCUGCUGCAUAAUCCUCAGCAUCAUAUGGGCGUGGGAUUAAGUGGCGGAGGCGGGGGUGGUGGUGUUUCGUUAACUCUGGGGCUCCAUCAAAACAGCGUAGGAUUGGGAGAUGUGUAUCCGUUGAAUGCAGCGCGUCGUUUUGGGCUGGAUUCGCAUGGGGAGGGCUACGUGGUGAGCGGGUUCGCAACGCAAACUCGGCAGUUUGGGAGAGACAUUAUCGAUGGACAAAUCAUGCAUGAUUUUGUUGGAUGAGUAGUAGUGAGUGUAUGGUUUCUCAUCACUUAAGUUAUUGCUCAAAGAGGCUGCUGCUUCUGCUUCAUAAUUUCGACCAUUUCUCCUCCUCUCUAUUUUUCAUCUGCUAUUAGUUCUAUAAAAAAAAUUUCUUCACUCGUUUGUAUGUAAAAUUCAACCAGCCACGCCUAUGACUUGACGGUAACUGUAUAAUCCAUGAAAGUAGCAGUUUUGUGGAUGCUGCAUGAAAAUUGUUAUAUAGUUUAAUGCGGUUUAUUUAUUUUAA